AUGUCUCCUACUAAUGCCCUUCAAGUGGAAUUGGUUGAUCCUCCUUUACAUCUACGCAGACAGUUCUUAUGUGACAGAAGUGAAAACAAACCGAGGUCAUCCACAGAAAGGAUUGUGAUUUCAUUUGUUGUUUGUGACUCUAGGUUUAAUGAGUCUUUAAACGUUAUAAAAUCUGUGUUACUUUUUACAAAAACACCAGUCUAUUUUGUUAUAUUUACUGAUAAUAAAUUAAGAGCAAAAUUCAAUGAAACUCUUAAUGAUUGGAAGACUGUAGUUAAAUGUCAGUUUGAUUUUGAGUUGCACAAGAUUAAUUUUCCUGGGGCUUAUGAGGAAGAUUGGAUAAACUUGUUCAGUAAAUGUGCAGCACAACGCUUAUUCAUUCCAAAAUUAAUACCCCAUAUUGAUUCCAUGAUAUAUGUGGACACAGAUACCUUAUUUUUGGGACCUGUAGAUGAGCUUUGGGAUGCCUUUGGAAAGUUUAAUGAAUCACAAAUAUCAGCUAUGACACUUGAAGAUGAUAAUCCUAAUGUUUCAUGGUACCCAAGAUUUGCCAAGCAUCCUUUUUAUGGAAAAUAUGGUCUUAACUCUGGAGUGAUGCUAAUGAAUUUAACAAGGAUGAGAGAUUUUGGAUGGGUCGAUUAUGUCACACCGAUAAUGUUAAGGUGGAAACUUUAUAUUCCUUGGGGAGAUCAAGAUAUAAUAAACAUUAUAUUCCACUAUCACGAGAGUGCUGUGUAUGUGUUGUCUUGUCGUUAUAAUUACCGUUCAGAUCAAUGCAUGUAUGGAGAUGCGUGUGCAGAUGCUACAAAAAAAGGUGUAUUUGUACUACACGGCAGUCGGAAAGCUUUUCACAACCAUAAACAACCAGCCUUAGAGGCAGUAUACAAAGCCAUUGAUGAGUAUGAAAUCGGAACAGACCCAGUAAAUGUGUUUACAAACAUGGAGAAAUAUUUGAACAAAGGACCACAAUCUCAUUGCGGUAAUUUAAAAGAUGCCUUUCUUAAAGUACCUAAACAGAUUUUAAAACCUAAGCAUACAAUAUCUGAUACAUAAUAUAAAUUUAUUUAUAUUAAAACUCAAACUCUAUGACAUUGUAAAAUUUUCUCGUUCCAAUAGUAGUUUAAGAUAAUGUGACAUAAAGACAAAUUAUGUAUUUACUUAAAACAUAGUUAUCAAUAGUAAUUUUUACCAAAUAUUAGGUUUAAUCGUUUUAUUAUGAUCAAAUUUUUUAAAAUAAUAACAUAGAAAAAUGGAAACAUAUUAAAAACCAAUGUUAUUUUAAUUGUCACUAUUCAUUAAUUGUAAAUGACGUACAAAUUGUUAUUUAUUACUACUGUAUUUACAUUAUUAAUUAAUUUGUUUACAAUAUCUUUAAAAACUGAACAAAAAUACAUAAAAUAUAAGUAUCAACAUCUUUAAGUUUAAGUUCUUCAAUUCAACUGUUAAUUGAGUAAACCAUUACUUAUA